AACAUAAAUAUGAUGCCAAAAGAACUCCUUACCUUUCCCUGACUAGGAUUUAUUUGGACAUACUUUUGUAUUGAAGAGAAGUGUACACACCGAGGCUGCUUGCUAUCCAGAGACUCUGUCGUGUAGGAUCAUGGACCAUCCUAGUAGGGAAAAGGAUGAAAGACAACGGACAACUAAACCCAUGGCACAAAGGAGUGCACAUUGCUCCCGACCUUCUGGCUCUUCAACAUCUUCUGGGGUUCUUAUGGUGGGACCCAACUUCAGGGUUGGCAAGAAGAUAGGGUGUGGGAACUUCGGAGAGCUCAGAUUAGGUAAAAAUCUCUACACCAAUGAAUAUGUAGCAAUCAAACUGGAACCAAUAAAAUCACGCGCUCCGCAGCUUCAUUUAGAGUACAGGUUUUAUAAACAGCUUGGCAGUGCGGGUGAAGGUCUCCCACAGGUAUAUUACUUUGGACCGUGUGGGAAAUACAAUGCCAUGGUGCUGGAGCUCCUGGGCCCCAGCUUGGAGGACUUGUUUGACCUCUGUGACCGAACAUUUACUUUGAAGACGGUGUUAAUGAUAGCCAUCCAGUUGCUUUCUCGAAUGGAAUAUGUGCACUCAAAGAACCUCAUUUACCGAGACGUCAAGCCAGAGAACUUCCUGAUUGGCCGACAAGGCAAUAAAAAAGAGCAUGUUAUACACAUUAUAGACUUUGGACUGGCCAAGGAAUACAUUGACCCUGAAACCAAAAAACACAUACCUUAUAGGGAACACAAAAGUUUAACUGGAACUGCAAGAUAUAUGUCUAUCAACACGCAUCUUGGCAAAGAGCAAAGCCGGAGAGAUGAUUUGGAAGCCCUAGGCCAUAUGUUCAUGUAUUUCCUUCGAGGCAGCCUACCCUGGCAAGGACUCAAGGCUGAUACAUUAAAAGAGAGAUAUCAAAAAAUUGGUGACACCAAAAGGAAUACUCCCAUUGAAGCUCUCUGUGAGAACUUUCCAGAGGAAAUGGCAACCUAUCUUCGAUAUGUCAGAAGAUUAGACUUCUUUGAAAAACCUGACUAUGAGUAUUUACGGACUCUCUUCACAGACCUCUUUGAAAAGAAAGGGUACACCUUUGACUAUGCGUAUGAUUGGGUCGGAAGGCCUAUUCCUACUCCCGUAGGGUCAGUUCAUGUAGAUUCUGGUGCGUCUGCAAUAACUCGAGAAAGCCACACACAUAGGGAUCGGCCAUCACAACAGCAGCCUCUUCGAAAUCAGACUGCAUCGUCAGAGCGCCGAGGAGAGUGGGAAAUCCAGCCCAGCCGGCAGACCAAUACCUCAUACCUGACGUCUCACUUGGCUGCAGAUCGCCAUGGGGGAUCAGUGCAGGUGGUUAGCUCAACCAAUGGAGAGCUGAAUGUCGAUGACCCCACGGGAGCCCACUCCAAUGCACCAAUCACAGCGCAUGCCGAGGUGGAGGUAGUGGAGGAAGCUAACUGCCUGAAAAUGCUCAACCUGUGGUGCUGCUGUUUCUUUAAGAGGAAAAGGAAGAAGACUGCUCAGCGCCACAAGUGACCAGUGCCUCCCAGGAGUCCUCAGGCUCUGGGGACUCUGACUCAAUUGCACCUGCAGCUCCUGCCAUUUCUCAUUGGAAGGGACUCCUCUUUGGGGGAGGGUAGAGAUCUAAACCAAAAAGAAGAAAACAGAUGCCCCCAGAAGGAACCAGUGUGGCAGCCAGGGCCCAAUGGGUCAAUGGCCAUUCCUGCCUGCCCAAGGCUCUGAGCAGGUCCCAGAGCUGCUGUUCCUCCACUGCUUGCCCUUGGGGCUGCCUGGUUGACUCUCCUUCCCAUUGUUUACAGUGAAGGUGUCAUUCACAAAAACUCAAGGACUACUAUUCUCUUCCCUCCUCUUAGUUUACUCCUGGUUUUUGCUCCACCCACAGCCCUAUCUAGCAUAAAAGCUAGUGAGCUAAAAGGCUCUGUCUGUGGAAGGAGCUCAAGAGGCUGGGGAUGAGGCCAAGAAGGUAGGAGGAAGGUGGCAGACCUGGGCUGGAGAAGAACUUUCUCCAUCUCCCAGAUGUGUCUGGGAAUAUGGUUUCCUCUUCCUCUGUGCCUAUGCAGCAUCCAUCCCAGCUGGCCAUGGGGUUCAGGUUCCGCCUUCCCUCCCUCCUGUGAAGUUACACUGUAGGACACAAGCUGUGAGAAAUCUGCAGUCUACUGUCCCUGUGUGUUGGCGUUCUUAGCUUUCUUGACAAGUGAACUCUUUUUUCCAGGUGGUAGUAGGACAAUGCACAUUGUUCUGAGCAAAGGAAAGAAAACUGACUUUAUUGCACUUUUAGUUGUUUUUUUUUUUAAGCAAAAACAUGGCAGAUGCAUAUUGUGUCUGAUUAUAUUAGGGGUUUUACUUUUUUCUGUUUUGAGGGGUAUGGGGCCAGCCAAGCCAUUCAAAGAGAACGUGGGUCCAGAGGACAUUCUCAGUGGAAAAAGUUUGAUUUCCAGCACCCAGAAGAGAAGAAGCCAAACUCUAUGUCAUUCUGAGUAAACACUCAGGUUGACAAGAAAACAUACUUGAAUUUUCAUUCAUCUUCUCAGCUGCUGAAGAAUGUUCCUACCAGAGCAUCUUGACCUAAUAAACCUACAGUUUGAAAUCCUAGCUCUCCAGCACACGGGAUGAGCCAGCCGAGCCAGACUGUGACAGGAGACAGCUCAUCCCGGAGAAGGAGAUCCUUAACAAAAACAUUCAAAAUUAUUUUCUCCACUGCCAGGGACUUCCAACUAGACAGCCAUGUGACUUCCUGGUGACUUGGGGGAUAAAAUUAGUGAUGAAACCGCCACCACCAUAAUUGCCACUAGGACAAAAAGAGGAGGACAGUGAAGCUGCCUUUCAACUGCCAGAGGAGCCUCAGGGUGUGGCAUCAUAGGGCCAGGAAAAGAAAAUCAGUGUGUCCUGUCUGCCCCGAUGAGUUGUAGUGUUUGGGCUAGUCUGCCUCUUCAUAAACCAAGCUUAUGAAGAUCUCUCAGCAGGUCCAUAGCAGCAGGCUUAGGACUCAGUACAUGGGGCUGCAGUAAACAAGAGGGUAAGAUUGAUUGGUGCUGGAAAAUUCCAGGAGAAGGGAGACUGAAAUGAAAGGUCUGAAAUUAUUUUCUCAGUUGGACAUGGAUCCCUUCCAAAUAAGAUGGCCAUGCAUCUAACCAUGUCCUCCCUCAUAGGCCUUCCUCCUCCUGCCGUGGUGGAUUCAUAUAAGGUACUGCCAAGAAGAGUCUUGGCUCUUCAUUCACUGUUUGAAAAGCCAAUAGUAUGUGGAAUUACCUCUUCUGAUGCUCAGUUUUCAUUUGAGUUUAGUGGCUUAUCCAAACAGUGACUCCUAAUUCUAAAUAUGACAGAAAAGGAUUAUUUAUAUCAGGGAAAGGGGUGUUCACAUAUCUGGGAGUAGAGAACUAACCGUGGAGGAUCAUGGCUGGUCACUUAGUCUGGUGGUUUGUGAAGCACAGAAAUCUUCACUUUUGGCUUGAGGUAUAAGGCUCUCUUUUGCACUGGGGGAUGUGGAGAUAUUUUCUGGUAGUGGACAUUUCCUGACAUGUCCCUUGACGUACCUUACUCAGAGCAGAAGUAGCAGCAUUAGCAUGGAUCAGAGUUGACUGGGCUUCACCUAUCCCUUUGGACCUUGGCUAGGGAAUAUCACUUCACUGGAUUCGAACCUGUUUAGCUUAUGUAAAGAUUGUAAUCUGUCAUUUCUUUGAAAGAAAUGUUUUUGUACAGUAUGAAAAUUUGAGUAGCAGGGAGAUGCAUUGUCACACCCCACCCCUUAUAAGGUCUUUGAAUAUUGGGGGUUUGUGUCCUUGCCAUUACCUGGUGGUUGAAGCCCCAUCACUGAAAUUUUCAUAGUUCCUUAAUUGGCAUUUGGCCAACUCUAACUCCCUGUAUAGAAACUUUAAAUUCCUCAUCCCUAUAUAGAAAAUGCCUUGCCUUUCGAGAGAGGGCAGGGGGAAAUGGUGGCAAAGCCUGGAGCAUCCUGGCACUCUAUACCCUACUAAGUGCCUCCCCCUAUUCCCCCACCUUGCUUCCACAAAAAAGCAAAGAUAGUGACCAGCUGGGCUGCAGAGCAAACCACCUUGCAUCUGUAUUUGUGAUUUUUUUUUUUUUGUCUUAAAACUUUUUAAAGGCUAGUUCUUGAGGGGUUGAACCUGAGCAGUUGUGGGGGAGGAUCGUUCCUAAUAUACUACUCUCACCCUCCAGCCCCCACAAAUCUCUCACUAGAUAUUUGGUUUUCAUAACGAAGAUGAAGAGCCCCAGGUCCCUUUAGCAUGCAGGCUCACCUGGAAGGUGAGCCUUCCAGGGCCAUUUACACUCCAAGGUGGUUCUGGACUUGGGAGAUUCUAUUGUGAUCUUUCUUAAAAUUAAAAAAAAAAAAACCCUAAAAAUUGAGUACCCCAGAAGUGAUUUGGCUAUCAGUUUCAGUCGCAUCAGCCUAUCAGGGCUCCCUCCUCUGCCCUAUUGCUAUAGUUACUUAGCUGUAUGCCUCAGCCAGAUCUGUGGGGUGUUAGGCACUCCCUCUAUCACCUACCCCCCUGCCCCAGUCCACUUGCUCUGUAGUUUUUGAGCUUUCUCCAUUUCAUAGCUAUGAUGUCUGAGAAUCUUUUUCUUUGGGAUUGAUGCAGUUAUUUCUUCUUAAAGCUAACUCAGCAUCUGUUCAUUUAAAAAAAAAAAAAAAAAAAAACCUUUAUUAUACCAUUAGGAGUUCUCCCGAACCCUCAGGCAUUGAAUUCUGAGCAGAUUGAAGCAAGCAGACCGAGAUUCCACUAAGACAUAAAGGGUCCCCCCCACCCAUAACCAGAACAUGACUUGUGUCUGUGCAGUCUAAGCAUAUGAAGGUUGAUCAAGUUGUUCUACAGACCUUGGCACUUCUCAGAGAUCUUACUCCAGACUACUACGCAAGGGUGCAUAGAGCAUCCCAGCAGCCAAUAUGUAUUCAUGACUGCCUUAAUUAACAUUUUUCUAUAUUGGGUCUCUCUAGGAGUAAACAGGGUCUAAGAAGGUACCUGUUGAGUGACUGGGUUAGCCUCCAGUUAAAGUCCAUUUUAUUUUGGAAUGUAUGAGCUACUGGAGACAGCAGGGAUCCUGAGGUUUCUAGUAGAAGUGUUGAUUGCCUAUUUUAUUCUCAGAGAACUCCAAGUACAUAGGAAUAGCCCCUUCCCAUUAGCCAGAAGAGGUGUCCAUCACCUCUAAAGUAACCUCAAACUUAGUUCAGUGGAGGUUUACGCUGGUAGUGCAUAUUCACUGUUGAUUUUCAGUGUUAGUAACCACCUUUAAUGCCAGAAAUAUGUAAUAAUAGUAAUGUGUCACAGUGGUUACUAAAGGUAAUAGCUUUAACUGUUUUUCUUAAAUGUAAAAGAUAAAAUCCAUUCCUUCUCACAGUGAGCAAGCAUGGCCUGCAUUUCUCAAAAAUAAGAACUUCCAUGGCAGCCUAGAAAUCAUCUCCUCAAAGGAACUUGAUCUUUCCUAUGAUGCAUCUCUUCCCAAGCCCACAUGCCUCCGGUGUUGCAGCCAUCUCUUCCAUUUUCAUAUUUAAACCAGUUUUCCAUUCCCAUUGAGUUGCCAUGACAACAUUGUCUCCAGUGUCAGAACCACAUUAGGGCUAGAAUUUCACGGAUUGGGAGCUUCCAGCACCAUACAGCCAACAUUACCUUUGCCAGGCCACUGCCACCAUCCCUACUGUUGCCCCAUGGUAAGCAUAUGAAUUCCAGGAACCCUGAGGGAGCCAGGAUAACUAGGCACCCCAUCUGGAUUGGCCACGUUGGUGACAGGCACUUAUCUCUGAGGUUCUUGCUUUUGCAGAGUCCAGGGAAGUUCCAUCUAGAGGUUGAUGGCCAGUGACUCCCAGUCUUCCCCAUGAUAGGCUGAUAGAAAUCAAAGUGGGAUUCCUUCAGGUUUGAGUUUGGUGGUAGUGGGGGGUGAUUUUGUUUCUGAAUAAAAACAAGAGGCAACCAUGACCCUUCUGUGGGUUUGUAAAGUGUUGAGCAGUGUUUGGGCCACAAAUAAGGAAUCUUGGAAGUCUUUGAUCUAGUAAGCAGUCUUAAAAAUAUGUUUUUCCUUACUCCUUUUGCAGGUGACUAAGUGCAAAAGAAUAGAUUUCUCAUUGUAUUCAAAAUAGUAAGUAGGUUCCCUGGGUAUAGACAAUGGUAGGUGACAUUUUCUCAAAAAGCAACCAGGAAACCACUCCAGUAUUUGUAAAUCAGCUUACAAAGGAAAAAGUGAAUAUGUACUCCUUAUGUUUCUAGUUUGAUUAUCAAACUGGAUGUUAUAAAGAAACCUCAGAUCUGUAGACAGAAUUUGUUUUGUUAUUUUUCUUCUUUUACUACUCACAAUCACUUUUCUAGUGCCAUCACCACCUUUAAGGUUUCAGAGCAGAGGAUUAUCCAUGGUAAUAAAUGAUGGUGCAGUGCACAAGAGGACAGCUGUCCUGACUGCCCCACACACACCCUACAACCGCUCUUUAAGGGCAGGUGAGUCAUUAUUUUCAGUGUUCCUCUUCAUGAGCUCCAGACCAAAUCCCAGGCCAGCCCUUGCACUGAACCCCUUUUUAGAAGGCUUAUCAAUCUGCUAGGAAUGUCUCAGGAAAGAUGAGCCAUUUCUUUGGGGAGAAAUAUAUUUACAGAUAGGGGUGUGUGAUUGCAUGUGUGUGCCUAUGUAUGUGCUCAUCUAUGUACAUUUCACUUUCAUAAAGACUCACAGUCCAGGCUGCUGGGAACCAUGUGUUCCUGAGUAUUCUCAGAGGUAAACAAGUGACAAGUGAGCUUCUCCAAUUAGUGUCUCAGCAAGCUGGCUCUGGGAAUGAGCCCCAUUUAUUAAGCAGAGAGAAGAAUAACAUCAGAAAAGAUAAAGAUGAAACCAAAAAUACUAUAGUCCCCUCCCAUGGAAAAUAAUGUUGAUUCAGCAAUUCCCAUUGGAUAUAUUACAUGCUCUAAUUUAUUAUAUUAUUAUUUGUCUGUUUCUUUCAUCCUUGCCCAUUAUACUCUUAAAAAGAUGUUGGGAUGUUGAUUGCAAUUUUUUAAAAACUAGAUAAUGUAUAAAUCAGCUGUGGAAAUCAGUUUUAAUUGAUGUGUGGAUGUGUCUGAUUAUUGUUAAAUGCCUCUUUUUUUACUUUUGUUUUGUUUUGUUUUUUAGAUAUGUAAUGUUUCAUAAACCCUGGCACUGGUCGCAAAGCUCAGCUGUGAAAAUGAAACUUGUAGUAUUUUUAAACAUGAAUGUCAAUUUCAAGUGUAUUUAAAAUUGUUCCUCGGGAGGAGAUAUUUGUAUGCCAUUAGGAGAAACUUCUCUGCAGAGGAAGUAGCCUUCUUUGGAGAAAUUGGAAAAUGGGUUCUGAUAUGUUAUCUCAAAGUAGCCCAUUUCCUAGGGCAUCAUGGAAAACAUAAAUGUGAUCUUUAAGUAUACCUCUUCUCCAAUUUGGGGAGGAAAGGACUCAGUUUGCACCCUUUUUGUAUGUAAAAUAAAAUCUUACCUUUCUUGGCUA